AUGGACAGGCCGGACACGCUGAGGGUGGUGCCAGAGGAGGUUGUGGACCACAUCGUGUCGUUCCUCGAUGCGCCGGCCCUUAUGGCGUGUGAACUGGUAUGCCGCCAGUGGUGCCGAAUCGCACGAGUCUCGCCCGCCUGGCGUCGUAUUGUGCAAGCCAUGUCUCUUGAUGGAGUGCCGCAGCCCUCGUUCCCAGCUGAUGCCUACCCCCUCGGAUGGAAGCAACUGUACAUGGAUGGUAACAACUUGGCCCGGCUGCGACUCCUUCAAGAGGAAGUCGACGUGGCCCGGUUGCAGCUGGACGAAGACGUGCCGCCCAACCCCCAGGUCCAGGUGGGCGGCGUGACACUGCAACUAGCGCAGGUGUGGAGGGAAGCCGAGGACCGCGAGGACUCCAAACUCACCUUCUUCCUGGAGCUCCCCCAAGCUACGCCGUCCUCCUCCGCCGUCUUUUACCCCAACGUGGGUUUCAUCAUGGGUUUCGAGCCCACGAACCAUGACGCCCCGAUUGAACGGUUCCCACUGACGAUCCAGUUCAAAGCCGAUUCCCUCACCUGGGGCUGGGAGGAGCUGAUACCCAUGCGUGAGCUCAGGCGACUCGGAUGGCUGUGGUUCGUUCAACCGACUCGCACCGCACAGGGAGGGUAA